AUGCGCUCACUUUUCUUGCUUAUACUCGCGACUCUGUGUUUGCUUGCAGCAACUCUUGCAGCUGCCUCAUCCAGCACUGCCAACGUUCCAGUUCGUGUACUGUCGACCGAGUACACAGUUAAUGAGAAAAGCCGUUUGCGUGGGGACAACAAGCUGGCCACAGAAGGGUUCAAUGCUAAUGACGAAGAGCGAACUAUCGGUGCUGCUUUGGCCGGAAUGAAGAUCGAGGUGAAGAAAAUAUGGGCCACCAUUAUUGAGCGCUUGUACAAGCUAUGGCGAGAUGGGAAACGCAAAGUGUAG